UUCAGUACUCCGAUGUGCAGAUUUCACAGUUUAAUCGUAGUUUGCCAGUCCAGAUUUUAAGAAACGGUUUUCGUUGAUUGUUUAAAAUUUAUAUGCUUUUACUUAAUUUUGGUCUGAUUCCGAAUAAUUUAUUAUCGAGCAUCGACAUCGUUAUUAACCGUAAAGAGGGCACUGGGCGCGGCAGUUUCGAGGUACACUGUAACACUAACAAACUGCAGCUAAUAUGGCUCCCUCAUCUUUCAAGCAGACCAUAAAGUCUCUGCGGGCCUGCCUUUUCGAUCAUGAUCCCGUAACAUUCGGCGUUUGCCCCGUUCCUGAAAAAGAUUUAGGACUGUUCUACGGCAAGGGCGAUACCGCACGGCAGCUGUAUCUGCACACUGCAUCCGACACUGAAUUAGAGCAUCUUGCGCGUGCCUGCACGGCGGCCAGCUUUGGGAUCAACCAGCAGGAUGUCUACGACGAGACUUACCGCAAAGCUGGCAAAAUGGACACAGAACAAUUCGCCAGCAAAUUCGACUUGGAAUGCUCGGGAAUUUUGGCUCGUGUCAAGAACAGCCUGCUAGAGCACACCCAUUUUGAAAAGCCUGUCGAGCGAGAACUUUACAAGUUGAAUGUCUACGGUCCGGGGGGAUUUUUCAAAGCACACAAGGAUACUCCACGGGGCGCCAAGAUGUUCGGAUCGCUGGUGAUUGUCUUCCCUACGAAGCAUACCGGCGGAGAGCUGAAGCUACGUCACGGCGAAAAAGAGUGGACUUUCGAUUCGGCCGAGAAGUUAGCUGCUGCUGUAGAGCCGUCGAUCGGGUACGUCGCCUUCUUCAGCGAUGUGGAGCACGAAGUGGCCGUCGUGCAGUCCGGGUAUCGCGUCACGCUGACCUACAACCUGUACUUUGGCGAAACUUCUCCGGAGUCGGCAAGCCUUGAUGUCAACCGUGAAAAUGCCUUCAAAAGCGGACUGGCGCAGUUGUUAGCUGAUCCAACAUUUUUACCGAAAGGGGGAUUGAUCGGCUUUGGUCUGCAACACGAAUACCCGGUCAGUGCCGAGACUAAGCUGAGCACUCUGAUGGAUUGCCUAAAGGGCAGUGAUGCGCUGGUUAGGAAAGUGUGCGAACAGCUGUCGCUCCCCAUCCAGCCGAAAAUGCUGACCCAGACACAAGAGUACUACGAGAACGAGGAAAGGGGUGUGGAUUCCGAUGGCGAAGGUGGGAAAGAUGACUGUGAAGAAGAACCAGAAGACGGCAAUCCUGAUUUCUUGGCGGUCUUGACUGAUUAUGUGGUUGACCUUUCAAGAUACGGUGAUAUGGUGGACGAUGCGGCUUCUGAACUGAAGAGUUUUAAAGGGGCCUUAGUUCUUCCAUAUCCAGAUGGUGUAUCUCGCCGACGUUGGGACGCUGAAAAGAAGAAGCAAAUCAAAUACUCCGUCGACAUUCAGUGGAUCACCAAAUCAACGUUGCACACCAAACUGAAAACCAAUUACAUGACAUAUGGGAACGAGUUUUCUGUCGACUACCUGUACGGCACUGUUUGCUUCGUUGCCAAAAUCGGUCCAGCUGGAAAGCGUAUUACGUAGGCAUGUUCCGGAUGCGUGAAGACUGUAUAUAUGAAGCCUCUGUUCUACAGUAAUUAACAAGUUCUGAUGAUUGUUUCGCACGAAAAUUUUCCGAAGUGCACCAGUAUUGAUACAUUUAUACAUGCAGUUUACCAUCAAACUCUUCUGUACGUUUUCUAUGCAUUAACUGCGAGUGUUUGCUCAUGUGAUGACCAGUAUUUUUCGUUCAGAAAGUUCUUUUUAUCUUUUUUCUGGAUAAAUAUUAUUGGUUUGUCUUUUUUAUUUUUUUUGUCGGUAGAUUAUUUUGUCGGCGACUGCAGACUGUGCGAUACA